GUAACACGCCUGGCAGAGUCCUCGCGCGUGCUGCAGUAUGAGGGAGAUAGGGAGGAUGUGUGGCUGGCCGUUUUCUGGAAGGAGAGAGAGGCGGUUGAGUUUUAUCUACUGCCGAAAGCGUACGGUCGACAGAUCAUCCUGGCCGCACGUCGUUACGAAGAUGGAAAACAGCAAUGGGGGCCAACGUGGUCGGACCUUGAGGAGACGUACACAAGACUGGUCGGCGUGGAAAAGGCCAGCAGAUCCAAGUGGGGCCGCUUUGUG